CCGGCCGGCGGCGGCGGCGCACGGACGUCGACCCUUGACAAGCUGCUGUCCUGCAUGCGGCUGCUGACGCGCUCAGCCUGCUUCUCUCCUCCCAUCCACAUCCUCCUCGGCCGCCAUGAAGCUCGCUCGCUGCGCCGCCCUGCUCUCCCUCGCCGCCUCGGCGCUGGCGCUCCAGCUGCCGCUGUACGCCGAUGGCGCAGCCGCCGCCGCAGCUGCCGCCUUCGACGCCGUCGACAGUGCCUCAUCCGGCGCUGCCGGCCCGCAGCGCAUCGAGCUGCCGCGUGCGCAGGCUGCCUCGGCCGGCGCCGCCAGCACCGAGGAGCUCAUUGCGCGCCACCGCGCCGACUUCACCGUGCUCACGCAUGAGGAGUUCCCCGAGAUGUCGGUGCGCAUCAAGCGCAUCAACGCGCCGGCCGCGCCCAGCGCCAAGGGCAAGGACGACAGCAGCGACCCAGACGCCUUCUGUGAUCCGAGCGUGACCAGCUGGAGCGGCUACAUCGACUCGAUCGACGGCAAGUCGCUCUUCUUCACAUUUUUCGAGUCGCGCAGCAACCCUUCGAAGGACCCGCUGCUGCUCUGGACCAACGGUGGACCCGGCUGUUCGAGUGCGAUCGGCCUCUUCAUGGAGCUGGGCCCGUGCCGCGUCAAGGACGACGGCGGGCGCGGCCGCCGCGUCGAGGGGCCGCCGAUCAACGGCACGACGUACAACGCGUACUCGUGGAACAGCCGCAUGAACACCCUCUUCAUCGACCAGCCCAUCGGCGUCGGCUACUCGUACUCGCGCUACGGCACGCACACGUACGACGCCGACCAGGGCGCGGCGGACGUGUACAAGUUCCUGCGCAUCUUCCUCGGUGCCUUUGAGCGCUUCGCGAGCAACGAGCUGAUCCUCUCCGGCGAGUCGUACGGCGGACGCUACAUCCCGCGCUACGCAGCAGAAAUUGCGGACCGCAACUUUGAGCUCACCACAAAGGCGGCCAAGGAGGGCAAGAAGCCCGACGCGAGCAAGCUGCUGAACCUGAAGCGCAUCGCCGUCGGCAAUGGCCUCACGGACAUUACCGUGCAGACCACGUCGUACUACGACUUUACCUGCACGCAGGCCGGCCUGAACCCGCUGUACCUGGACAUCUCGACGUGCAAGGAGAUGAAGGUGUGGAAGAAGCGCUGCGAGAAGAUGAUGCAGAAGGUGUGCCGCGAGAGCUUCGACCGCUCGCUCUGCGCAGCGGCAGUCAACACCUGCACGGACCAGAUCGGCGGACCUUACGCCGAGACUGGACGCAACCCUUACAACGUGCAGGACGACUGCAAGGCCGGCCUCAGCCCCAACCUCUGCUACGACCUCACGGCCGACAUUGCCGCCUACCUGAACCGCAAGGACGUGCGCGAGCUUCUUGGCGCCGCGCCCGAGGCAGGAGACUUCCAGACGUGCAACAUGGAUGUCGCGGCUGGCUUUGACCGGGCCGGCGACACGCUCGUCGACAACUCCGACUACGUUGCCGGCCUGCUCGAGCGAGGCAUCACCGCGCUGUUCUACGUCGGCACGCGCGACUGGAUCUGCAACUGGCUCGGCAACAAGCAGUGGAUCGAUGCCAUGGAGUUUGCGGGCGCCAAGGCGUUCAAGCAGGCGAAGAACUACCGCUGGCUCGUCGACGGCAAGGAGGCAGGCGAGACGCAGCGCGGCGGCGGCCUUACGUGGGCCACCAUCUUUGGCGCUGGCCACAUGGUCCCAUACGACCAGCCCAAGAACUCGCUCGAGAUGAUGAACCGCUGGCUCGACGGCGAGGCGCUGUAGACGCACGCGCACCUGCCUCGCAUCACAAGAGCGUCCGUGUAGUAUAUAUGCAUUGCUCAAUGUGGUCUGAGUCUGGCACUGCGCUGCAGCUCGCAGACGUUCCCUGAGCCCUCUGAUGUCACUGGUUCAGCAGCUCGUCUUCCAAUCAAAGUCGAACUUCGGGCGGAGCUGGGAGUCGAGCACGCCCCAGCCGGGCAGGCCGU